UCCAGCUAUUGAGAGCCUGAAACGAACUUGUCUUCCCUGCACUGCUCAACCUCCAGAGUACGGACUUGUCUUCCUGAUGCAUGGCCUCACCUGGCUGGGAGCUGUGCUCUUCCUUGGGGUACAGCUCCGAGCACUGUGGCCCAUCACAGCCCUCGAAGUUUACACUUCCAAGGAGGUGGAUGCUCUGAAUGGAACUAACCUACGUUUAAAAUGCACCUUCUCCAGCAGCAGCCCUAUUAGCCCACAACUGUCAGUGACGUGGAACUUCCAGCCUGAGGACCUGAGCUCUCAUGAGCCAGUAUUUUAUUACCUCAAGGAGCCCUACAAGCUGUCUGCUGGACGGUUCAAAGGGCGAGCCACUUGGGAUGGGAAUAUUGAGCGUUAUGAUGUUUCCAUUGUUAUCUGGAAUUUACAGCCCACUGACAAUGGGACAUUCACCUGCCAGGUGAAGAACCCACCAGACGUUGAUGGCACAAUUGGUGAAGUGCGACUCAGAGUUGUGCAGAAAGUGCAUUUCUCAGAAAUCCACUUCCUUGCCAUCGCCAUUGGGUCUGCAUGUAUUCUGAUGAUCAUUGUGGUGACAGUUGUGAUUAUCUGUCGACACCAUCGGAAGAAAAAGCAAGAGAAGACGACCGAGGUGUCAGAUACUGAACUUAGAGAAAAGGAGAAGCUGAAGAUCAGAGAAGAAAAGGAAGCCACUCCAUUAGAAGACUAGAGGUCUUUGAUAGUAUAUACAAUGGAGGUACUUCUGAAGCAGAUGGCGAGAGCUUGUAAUUUUGGAUGUUAGAACAAAGCUGAAUUACAGACGCCUGAUGCUGCAAGUGUGGUAUCCCUGCUCAACCUGAAAUUCUUGCAAGAAAAGAGGGUGACAUUAACAUAAGUUGUAAAGUGUUAUUUCCUUCAUUGAAGCAAAACAGGAGGAACUUGCCCUAUGAACAAGGAAGUUUACUUAAUCUUCACAGCUGCUGAACAUGAACAAAUUGGCUCUGAGGAUGAAAAAAUCACAGAAGUCAACAAAGUCAACAAAAUGCUAUGACAGCUGACUUAAUAUUUGCCGUGUCUGAGCAGACACACUCGUGCACCUUAAAAUUUGAAAGGUACAUUUGUGGUGCUCAAUUUUUCCACCCUCAAAAACCUGUUUGAUGUCACUAAAAGGAGGACUCACUAGGUGAGGGAUCAGAGGGGCCGCUAGCUGCUACAACCUUUAUUGUCUCUUUGCUACUUUAAGCGGAAAGUCUUUGGGAAUGCAUGCUGUUUCUUAUUAGGGGUAACAUUUCCCAGCGGGUGUGUUUUUCAUAUUAAUCUUUCUCAACUUCAGUACACUUUGUAAAUGUGACAGCUGAAAAGGCUGCCUUCCAGUGCGCACAGCGUGGCCGUGUGCUUUGGCAGCUCCCCUUCUCCCACUCGCCUUGUCCUGGUGCACACCAGACUGCCCUCCUUUCCCUCUGCUGCUCCAGUCCUGCUUCUCCCCAUUAUUCCUGGUGGACGACAAGCUGUGAGGUGCAACGCCUCUUGCCCUGACCCAGCAGACCUGCACAUCCCGCUGCGGUGCCCUGGGACGUGGGCUGGCAGCAGCUGCGCUGGAGGCUGCCCCAAGCAAGUGAUAAUGGUGUGCUGCCACACUCAAGUUGAAUUCGAAAACAGCACUCGGUGGCUGCUCGCAUUGUACCAGGCUUCCAAAAACACUAUCACCAGUAUUUCUCUGGAUGCUGUUUAUUGCCCCAGGCUGCCAUCAGCACACCUUACUCCUGUGUUCAAUCUUAUUUAACACAUGCCCUGUACUUCCAUUGACUUAAUCAAUCCAAGGCAAAUGAAGCCCCAAAUCAUUAAA